AUGUGGGUGGACGGCGCCAUCAUCGUGGGAGCCGGGCCAUCGGGGCUGGCGACCGCGGCGUGCCUGAGCGCCGCGGGGAUCGGCUCCUCCGUGAUCCUGGAGAAGAACAGUUGCAUUGGAUCCCUGUGGCAGAACCGCACCUACGAUCGCCUCCGCCUCCACAUCCCCAAGCAGUUCUGCGAGCUCCCGAUGUCGCCCUUCCCGGACAGCUUCCCAAUCUAUCCCACGCGCACCCAGUUCGUGGACUACCUCGAGAAUUACGCGGCUCACUUCCAGAUCCGGGCCCGAUUCCACGAGUGCGUGCAGUCGGCCGUGUUCGAUCCGCGAUUGGGGCUGUGGCGGGUGCGCACCAUCAGGGAGUCGGGCGAGGGCGAUCGCGAGCGCCAGGCGCGCGAGUACGUUGGGCGAUGGCUGGUGGUGGCGUCGGGCGAGAACGCGGAGCCGCUACUGCCAUGGGACCUCCCCGGCCUUGCUUCCUUUCGGGGAUCCGUCAAGCACUCAUCGGAGUUUAAGAAUGGCUGCGACUACGCGGGCAAGAGCGUCCUCGUCGUCGGCUCGGGGAAUUCCGGCAUGGAGAUUGCGCUCGACUUGGUCCAGCACAAUGCCAAGCCAGCAAUUGUCGUGAGAAGUCCGGUGCACAUCCUUCCCAGGGAGAUGCUUGGAUUCUCGACGUACUCGGUGGCCAUGAAGCUGCUCAAGCAUUUGCCUGUGUGGCUGGCAGACCGCCUCCUCGUGUCGUACGCAAUUGCGGCGCUGGGCAGCACCGCGCGGCAUGGCAUCCGGCGGCCCGACGUCGGUCCCAUGGAGAUGAAGGCCAAGACGGGAAGAACUCCGGUGCUCGACGUUGGAACCUUGUCCAAGAUCAAAGCUGGAAAAAUCAAGGUGAGGCCGAGCUUGGAAUCGCUAUCGUCGUGCUCCGCGAGGUUCUCUGAUGGCCAACAAGGCGAUUACGACGCUAUCAUCUUUGCGACCGGCUACAAGAGCAACGUUCCUCAGUGGCUCAAGGGAGAAGUAGGCAACUCGUUCAGUGCCGAUGGAUUCCCGCGGUGCGGGUGGAAAGGAGAGCGGGGACUCUACGUUGCUGGACUGUCCAGGAAGGGGAUCUUUGGAGGCUCCAAAGACGCACAGAUGAUCGCAGAGGAUAUAAGCAAGGAAUAUAGCCUGGUACGCAAGCUUGUUUCCAGCAACAGGGCCAAGCAACAGCAGCAGCAAUAACGAACGAGUGAUCCAUUCGGUCGACGCCAGAGUACGAGUUUAUUCGUCCUUUCAAGUCGUUUUUUACGCCAAGUUGGCAAGAGAGGAGGCCACAACACCCAGGUGAUGGAAUUCGUAGUAUUUAAGUGCCCAAGCUCCCGGAGUAGUACAGGGAACACAACAAGAAACACCCAAUGCCGAUCAAACGACGCACAGUGCGGACACGGGAAGGCAAAGUUCUAGUGCACAGCACCGAAGUACUACUGGUUGUGGCUCCGUCCAUCAGAACUUCCAGAAGGAUUUGGAUUGAAGCGGACUUGGGAUAAGUUUGGGAAGGAGAGGGAGGAGGAAAUUUUUCUCUCUUUUUUCUCUUUUUCUUUUCUCCUUCCAACCUUCGGCAGCUGUGUACUGGUGAGAGACAAUGAAAGAAUGACUGACAAGAACACGCAGAUGCCCGGUGGUGUAAUCCUGACUUGCAACUUGCUGGAACAAGAACAAGAACAAGAAGAGGUUUUUUUGGCUUCGUUUAUAAACCAUGCUCCCACUAGUGUACAUAGAACUAAAGAAAAAGAGAUGAAAAUAAUGUUCAGACUUCAUACUUUUGUUUGAGAUCAAAGCUUGCCAUGCGGAAUAUCAAAAAGGAUUUUCUAAGAGAUAUGAAAGGAACUCACCAAUCAAGGCAGUUAAAAAGUUA